CAUUUCCCAAUGCAAUUUCCUAGAAUUUUCUCAGAGCAUGUUUUGGUUCACAAGUCAACCCAGGUUCCCUACGUCAACUCAUCUCCAACCCUUCAACUAAUUCAUUUGAUUCACUGCAUGGCAUUGCCCCGACUGAAGAGGGAAAAUUUUAAGCAAAUACAGCGGAUCAAUGGAAAAAUUUCACUGGGAUAAACUCCAUGAACCUUUAAGUCUUCUUCUUUAUCUGGUCCUUUUCUUAUCGUAUCAGGUGCCAUCUUCAGCAUACACUCUUCCACACAAGUAUUUCGUCAAUUGUGGAUCAAAAAUCAACAUAAACGUCACUUCUCGGACCUUUGUUGGUGACCUGAAUUCUGAUUCCGUCUCCUUUACCAAAAAGAACAGCUCUGUCAGAGACAACAGUCAGUCAUCAGGAACACCAUCUCUAUAUCAAACCGCAAGAAUUUUCUGGCAGCAGUCUUCGUACGAGUUUGUAAUCAAUACUGAUGGUACUUAUCUGGUACGCCUUCAUUUCUUCAAUUCAUCGGGUCUCCCAGCAGCUGUUUUUGAUGUUUCAGCUUCUGGCUUUAUACUCUUGCAUAAUUUCACAGUCCAAAAUAGUAGCAGCUUUCCUCUAAUAGAGGAAUUCAUCUUAAGCAUUCCUAUCGGUAAAUUCUUCAUCUACUUUGUUCCUCAAGGAUCUUCUUUUGCAUUCGUCAAUGCCAUAGAGGUCUUUCCUGCCCCUCCAAAUUUCAUAUAUGAUGAGGCUACACAGAUUAGUCAAGGAAAUCGUAGUGAUGAGUACAAGGGUAUACUCUCUCGCGCUCUGAAGACAAUUCACAGAAUAAAUGUUGGAGGCCAAACCCUUACACCAGAAAAUGACACUUUAUUCAGAACAUGGCUUCCUGAUGAUAAUUAUCUGUAUAAUCCAGACACUGCAAAGAAUAGCCAGUUUUAUGCAGGUAGACCUAAUUAUAUAGAUCCUGUUAAUGAAUUUAUUGCACCAGAUCUAGUAUACAAGACUGCCAAAGAGAUGAAUAUAAAUACCAGUAGGGCAUCAAAUAACUUCAAUAUAACCUGGUCCUAUGAUGUGACUAGCAAUGCUAAGCACUUGAUUCGGGUUCACUUCUGUGACAUUGUUAGUCAAUCACAGAAUGUUUUGCAAUUUUUUCUCUACAUAAAUAGCAACUUCGUACAGGAAAUCAAUCCUUUUGAAAAAGUGAGGUCAUUGGCAACUCCAUUUUUCAUUGACUUUGUGGUUGAUUCUGAUGAUUCGGGACUCAUGAACAUCUCCAUAGGCCCUGAUACUAGUUUGACACAGAAUCAAACAGCCUUCCUAAAUGGGGUUGAGAUAAUGGAACUGAUGGGGGAAUCUGAUUUGGUUCCCAUAUCAAAUGAGUCCAACCAGAAGCCUAUCUUUAUAAUUGUUGGUUCAGCUAUUGGAGGUCUAGUUCUUGUCUGCAUCUUGGGUGGUCUGCUGUUUAUGGUUUUGAAACGCAGGAAGCCAAAAGCUGUUGAAACUUCAAAUUGGACACCAUUAAAUGCAUAUAGAGGAAGCACUCACAGUAAUGAGAAGAUGCCUCAAUUGUCAACGCUAAGCACAGAGGGAACCGUCAUUGCUUCCCCUGUCCCUAACUUGAACCUGGGUUUAAAGAUACCAUUUGUUGAGAUUCAGUUGGCAACGAACAACUUUGAUAAGAAGUUGCUGAUUGGUAAGGGUGGAUUUGGCAAUGUGUAUCGAGGAACUCUCAGAGAUGGCAUGAAAGUGGCUGUGAAACGAAGCAAGCCAGGGUCAGGUCAAGGCCUGCCAGAAUUCCAAACGGAGAUCAUGGUUUUAUCAAAAAUUCGCCAUCGCCAUCUUGUUUCCUUGAUCGGAUAUUGUGAUGAAGGGCUUGAGAUGAUACUGGUUUAUGAAUUCAUGGAAAAAGGAACUUUGAGGGAUCAUCUAUAUAACUCAAAACUACCUUGUUUGUCAUGGAAGCAAAGGCUUGAAAUUUGCAUUGGUGCAGCAAGAGGUCUUCAUUACCUCCACAAAGGUGCAUCUGGUGGCAUCAUUCACCGUGAUGUUAAGUCCACAAAUAUCUUGCUUGAUGAGAACCUUGUAGCCAAAGUAGCUGACUUCGGCCUUUCAAAAUCAGGUCCUCCAGGUCAAAGCCAUGUCAGCACAGGUGUCAAGGGAACUUUUGGUUAUCUUGAUCCUGAGUACUUUAGGACACAACAGCUGACAGAAAAAACUGAUGUUUAUUCAUUCGGUGUGGUUCUUCUUGAGGUGAUAUGUGCAAUGCCGGCUAUCAAUCCUACGCUUCCAAGAGAGCAAGUGAACCUAGCUGAAUGGGCAAUGUUUUGCAAGCAGAAGGGAUUGCUUGAGCAGAUUGUGGAUCCAUCCAUAAAAGUUCAGAUCAAUCCCAACUCAUUAAGAAAAUUUGCAGAGAUAGCAGAGAAAUGUUUGCGAGAAGAUGGCGAUGAUAGGCCUACCAUGGGUGACGUUGUAUGGGACUUGGAGUAUGCCUUACAGCUUCAGCAAACAGCAGUUGUACGAGAGCCACAUGAGGACAGCACGUCCAAUGCUUCCAGUAUAUUACCAUUUCCCAUUCUCCAGCGUUUUCCUUCCAUGAGCGCAGAACUCGGGGGAGAUGAUAUGUCCAUAACAAGGGAGGAUGACUCUGACUCAGUCCCAACGGCAAGUGGAGUUUUCUCCCAAUUGAGAAUUAAUGAUGCCAGAUAAAUCAUUCGGUUCACAAGGCAUAAUUUCCCAGUUUGAUGUUCUUUGGUGUACGUAUGUUUCAUAUUUGAGAUUAAAUAGGCACUGCUUUCUUACAGUAGAGAUCUCUAUUACAAUGUUUGAACUUCAAGAUGUAAAUAUAGAGGCAUUUUCCAAGAUCAUAUCUUUACCAGACCACCAGCUAGUUAAAUUGUACCAUAAGAGAUGAUUUCUAAGAUUACUUUAUCAGGAAAAAAUAGGUAAGUUAAAGAAAUUA